ACAGAGCUGACUAAGGCUACAGACCUUGCAGAUGCUUCUUUUUUGAUGAAAGUGUUAAGAAGUAAACUUGUUAAGACCAAGAAUGAGGUUGAGGUACAGAGAAAUGACCCAAGUUCACUCUUACACCCUGUCAAGUCAUUUGAGGAAUUACCACUGUAAGUACUGACCACCAUUCUAUUUCUUUUCCUCCUGACAUGAAAGGAGUUUAAAUUUCAAAGGUUUACCAGUGACUAUUAUUAUUACCAUAAAAUAAUACAAUCUGUGCUGUAUUUUUUAUUAGGUCAGAGCAACUCCGUCGUGGUCUCUAUGAUAUGGGUUUUAACAAACCAUCCAAGAUUCAGGAAACAGCACUACCCAUGCUCUUAGCUGAUCCGUGAGUUACUACAUGUUUAAUCCCUUGAAUUAAUUUUAUAAUAGUGUCCACAGUCUUCACAUACAUGUAAUCAACACUGCUGGACUAGUAAAACCAUAGAACCAGAAUAUUUAAUCUGAAAUAUUAUUAUAAUACAGUGUGCCCAUAUUCAGUGAGAUAAAACAUUAACCAUGAAUAAAUUUCUUUUCUCGGUGGGUACUUACCUUGACUCUCCUCUUCACGGUCCAUUACUCAUAAGGCCUCUGACUUGUCCUUGAAAAGUGUGUCUGGUAUCAGCAAUAUUUUUUUUAUGGGAAUGAGACAUUAACUCACUCCUCAACCCCCAACCUGGUGGGGCUAGGCAUUGCAAUUUUAUUCAUCUGGCCCCAGUUGUUCAAAAGGUAGAUAACACUGUCCACUGGAUAGCACAAUUUUAUUGGUUUGCCUAACAUGUAUCAACUGGAUAGUGAUUUAUCCAGUGGAUAGUGCUAUCCAACUUUUAAACAAUUGGGGCCUGGCCUUUCACCCAAAACCUGCCCAACACAGUUGAACCCACCAAAAUGUGAGGUCCCAACCACGAUACAGUGUAGUUUUCAGGGUCAUUGAGGCACACGAACCUCCCCUCCAUGUUAUACAGGCGCAACAUGUUAGAGAGGUUUCUUGAUGGGUAUCAAGUGGCAGCUGUAUAAAUGUUUGCUUUUUUGUUUGAUGUUCAGACCGAAUAAUAUGAUAGCUCAAUCACAGUCUGGGACAGGAAAAACUGCAGCAUUUGUUUUGCCAAUGCUUAGCAGAGUAGAUGCAACAAAAAACUACCCUCAGGUAUUAUUUUGUUUUACUUCUUGUAUAUUUCUUUUCCCUGCACAACUUGUAAAAAAACCUCGCAGAUUCGUUGAGGUACGUGAAAAAGUGUGAAACGGUAAGAUAAUGCACCUAUCCAUGUAAAGCCGGCGGAGGGGGAGGCAGGGCAUGGGGUGGGGAUUUGAUUGUCUUUGUUGGCCCUGGGGUAGGGCAUUUGACUGAUCUUGUUGUCCCAGGGGAGGGGAUAUUUGAAUCUUUCUUCGCCCGACGUGGAGAUAUUUGACUGCCGACUCGGACGAAAAAGACUGAACAUAUGUUUCCCGCUUCCACGCUUCAUGCAUGCGCCGUACGGUUUGAAAAGAUCAGGAAGUCACGGAGGCCAAUGAGAACGAGCCUGUGUACAGACGUCCCACUGUUUUAGCGUGUUUUUGAUCAGUUGAAUCUCUUAAAAUACCGUGGUAUCAAAGUAAAUGGAAGUAAAGAGAAACCAAGUCGAUUUUUGCAAGUACAGUUGAUUAGCGUAUGGCUCAUUCGCUACAAUCACAGUAAACUUAUAAAACUGACUUUCUUUGUACCCUUUACUAAGAACGGUAUAUUUAAACUUACAAAAUGUGGACUUUCUCGUAAAGGCUUAUGUAUUCUACGCAGUGUAACACGGAUUAUGGUUAAAACGUAUAAUUGCAGCUGUAACAGGAACAUGUAUCUUUGGUGAUGCAGCAACGUUUAUAACAGAUUGCAGAGUUUUAUUAGGAGAUAUUUCUAUUCUGCCUUUCUUGGGUUCUGCCUUGGGAUUGACAGCAACGUGCAGCCUGGGGUGGGGGAAAUUUGGUUGCAUUUGACUGGAAUGAUUUGCCCGUGGGCAGGGAAUUUGAUUGCAAAUUUUUGAAAAAAGUCAAAUCCCCACCCCAUGACCUGCCUUCCCCCCGCCGGCAUUACAUUGAUAGGUGCAUAAGGUGUAAGCAUCAUGGCUUCAUUUUCGUGUCCCGCUUGUUUCACUCAAAAGAUUAAGAAAAAAAGAGACUCCUAUUGGUCUACUGCCAAUAAUUGGUGUCAUUUGAAUAGUGAUUAGUCACACUGCAGGAUUUCGUCUCAAGACUCAAAAGUAGAAACCUCUUACAAAUUCCAUCUUCCUCUCUAGUAGUGAAAGGGUUACAUCAAGAACAAACAUGAAUUGUUAGAUGAUGAAUUUGUUCACAUAAAACUGAAUUGUUGCAAUGAACUGAUUUGUUGUGCUUUUAUCAAGGUUAUCUGUGUUUCACCUUUAUAUGAGCUUGCACUACAAACAGGACAAGUGGCAGAAAGGAUGAGCAAAUUCUGCCCUGAAGUCAAGAUUGGUUAUGCAGUGAGGGGGGAGAGAGGUGAGAAACUUGAGCCAGGAAAAAUAAUUAUGCGCAAGACUUAGGCCUGAGGGGGGAAUACCAUCCUGUCUCGCUCAGGGGUGUAAAUUUUGGAUUUUUUGUCUUACUUAGAAAGACAAAAAGUAAAAUGCCAAUAGUUUUAGCGUCUUAGGUCUUGUUUGGGGCUGUGGUCAAAAAAAUCUUGAGCCUUUCCUCAAUUGGUCUCCUUAAGGGGUUUAAUUCAAUGUUUGGUAUAAGCAUCAUUCUCCGUUUUAUUUUUAAUUUAAGAGUUCACUUGUCCACUUGUCCCCAUUAAGCAGCUUGCAAAUUUUAGUUUAGCUAGAAAAGAGUUAAAAAAAAGUUGGGCUUAAGGCACUUUAUAAACUAAGAAAAGAGAUGGGUGACAACUUUAGAGAAAAUAUUAUGCUGACGAUUAAGCUAUUCGAUGCUCUGAUAUCCCCCUUCUCUACGGAAGUGAAAUUUGGGGUGUUGACUGUAACGACCAAAUAGAAAAAGAUCCCGCAGAACUAGUUCAAAUUAAAUUCUUGAAAUGGUUGCUAGGUGUAAAUAAAUACUGCUGCAACAAUGCAUGUAGGGCUGAAACAGGAAGAUUCCCAAUGAAAAUCGAUGCACAAUAUAGGAAUUUUAAGUUUUGGCUAACUCUAACCAAACACCCAAAACACAAAUUAUCACAGGUGGUUUAUAAUGAUAUGAAGUCGAGAAUGAAUAACGAAUUAUGGAGCCAAAAACUCAAACGCGUAUUAGACCAAAUAGGGCUGGGAUACCUCUGCACAAAAGCACAUGAAAAUGACAUAGGAGUCUUGAACAUUAUCAAACAAAGACUGAAAGACAUCGAAAUACAAAGAUGGUUAAGUGUCGUACACAAUGUCGUAAGAAAAGACGCCAACCAAAAGAACAAACUAAGAACCUUACGAAAUUUUAAAACAAUAGAAAAUUAUAAAUGUGAAGUUUAUCUCCGUCAGGUCACCAACGUCCAACAUCGGAUAACUCUAACUAAAACUCUGUCUAAGUAAUCACAAAUUGGCGAUAGAGACAGGUCGUUAUGUAAGACCUUAUAAGAAACCGGAAGAGAGGAUCUGUCCUAUCUGUAAAAAAAACGUAGAAGAUGAAAUACUCUUUUUAACUCUGUGCCCUGCGUAUCAAGAAAAAAGAAGUACUUUAUUUCAAUACUUAAACAAAGAAUACAGAAUAUCAGUAAACAGAAUGGCACCAGAUGAUGUUUUUCUGUUGUUAAUAAACCCUUCGAGCAAGAACAAACCAGUGCAAAAGUUAAUUGCAAAAUACGUAUUCGACUGCUAUGAGAAAAGAAGAUCAUUAGUUGUUUAGGUUAACAUUGAUUAUAGUUCCACUAGUGUGCAAUUUGUGUUAUAAUUUUAAAUUAUUUGGAUAAAGUCGAUAUACAUAAGACUGUAUAAGACUCCAAAUAAAACAUUGUCUUGUCUUGCCUUGUCUUGCAAAGAAAGUAUGGUUAGUGAAUGCUAGUCUUAACUUGCCGUGCAGUUUUAUGGGGAGUUGAUAAAAAAAUUAUUAGAGAGAAACUGUAAUCAAUCCUUCUAAACAAAAAUUUUUUCCUUGGUAGUUGAAAUGACUUUGGGGCUAGCUACAGCUUACGUAAAUGGCGGGCUGUAAAGCCGACUUUCUUUGCAGCCUGGUUAAAGCCUAUAAAUACGGUUUAGCAUUGUUUUUAUUUUGUCGCUGAAGAAAAUGAUUAUUGUAUAUUCCAUAAACAGCCUUUAAUGUUCUUAAUUCCCUUCCAUUCUCUUUUCUACAGUGUCAAGAGGUCAGAAAGUCACAGACCACAUAAUUUUUGCUGUGCCCGGAACUCUACUAGACUGGAUUCUGCGCAACCGAGCGCUGGACCCCAAAAAAAUCAAGAUGCUUGUGUUAGAUGAGGCUGAUGUCAUGAUAGCACAACAGGGAUACCAGGAUCAGGUCAUUAGAAUACACAAGUACGGCUACUUCCCUUUUGUCAUACUUAUGGAUGAAACUAGGAAAAAAUCUCUGACACGUCCUUUCAUUGAGAUUAUCAAUAAUCAUAGUUACUGGGAGAUUUUCUGUUGGCCAACACAUGAUCGCCUUGGGCAUAUGCAUUUGUCUUAUUUCCACAGAGGUUUGCCCUCUGGUUUGCUUUGAAUGGCUUUACCGCUCUUUUCUCUUUUGUUUGCUUCCUUCCACCCACCCACCUCUUUGUUCCUUGGAGGGAACUCCAUUCAUUUAAGUUGUCUUUUUUGAUCUUUAAUAUUCUCCACUGAGAGACGAGUGUGACAGGUUCCAAGGGCAGGUGACCCAUGGUAGGUUGUCAUUGUUACCCCGCUUUAGUUGCAAUGCGAAUACUGAACUUAAGAAAUAAUGUAUUUCCUCUGUUCAAGGACCCUACCUAAAGAUUGCCAAAUGCUUCUGUUCUCUGCAACCUACGACGACGAGGUGAUGAAAUUUGCCAAGACAGUAGUACCAGACCCUAUUAUCAUUCGGCUACGUCGGGAAGAGGAGAGCCUGGACAAUAUCAAGCAGUACUACGUGGUGUGUCGUGACAAAGAGGAUAAGUUCCAGGCCCUCUCCAACAUGUAUGGCGUUGUGUCUAUUGGACAGUGUAUCGUUUUCUGUCACGUAAGUGUUAAAAUAACUUCCUUCCCUCCCCCUCCUUUUUCCUUUCCCCUGAUUCCCAUCCGAAUCCUUCCUCGCCCCAGGAAACGACUGCAAAGCAGCUUAAAUUUAGUUGUUGUUUGGGAAAUGUUUUGUAACCCCAGGAUGCUUUUACAUUUGUUUAUGCCUGUGUCAUGUCAGACUCGGAAGGCCGCCUCUUGGUUAGCAGAGAAGAUGACAGCGGAUGGUCAUUCAGUAGCGCUGUUAUCAGGCGAAAUCACAGUGGAACAACGGCUAGCAGUAUUAAACAGAUUCCGCGACGGCAAGGAGAAACUGUUGAUAACAACUAAUGUCAGCGCCAGAGGCAUUGAUGUGGAACAGGUAAGUACGUAUUGGCCGCCAUUACAAUCCAUGACCCACCCCCUAGUAUUAAAACAUGGAUUUUGGGUUUGUGCAUGACAAAAUCAUAAUUACCAGAAUUUUAAACAGCAAUGAAAAAUGUAAAAAACAUAAAUCGUAUUAAAAUUGCAUACAAGAAAGUAAGUAGGAGCCAAGUUAGAGCCCGGGUAGGUUUUGUAGGUUACUCCAUGAAAAUUCGGGUAGGGAUGUAUGGUAUAUAAUAUGCUCCUUAACUUACCUUAUUUUAGACCAUAGUGAUUGGGCCAGUUUUCAAAUUUUGAUUCUGUGCCUGCCAAAACUACCAAAAGGUUAUUAAUUUCAGUGCUCCCAGAUGAAAUUUGUUUGAUAUUCUUUUCGUAACUCCAUAGGAGCAUUUUUUGUAUGGGUUAACCCUUUAGGUCCCAAUGGUGACCAACAUCAAUUUUCUCCUAACAAUAUCCAUGCAUUGUCAAGAGAUUAGGUUAUGAGAACUAAUAAAAUGAUCACCAAAGAGAAAAUACCCCUAUCUUUUCUCAAAUUCUCUCAACACAUUCUUUAAGGAAACGUAUAGAGAUCAGUUUGGAGAAUUUGUACGUGGAUAUUAGGUCCUAAAGGGUUAAAGCACUAAGUAAUGACUCAAGCACAGAAUUGAUCAAAAAGAGCAAUUCCCUUGGUGACGCCAGUGAGGCCUUAGGGCCUGUUUACAUGUAAAUGUGAUCAAAUUAAAAUGAGAGAUUAUAUGGACAGAGGGGUUACUCCACCUACCUGGGGUCCCCCACCUCCAUGUAAACAGACCCUUAGUAAUACAAUGUUGUUUUAUUUUUUGUCUUGUUGCUAUAGGUUACUGUCGUAAUAAAUUACGAUAUGCCAGUUGAGCCCACGGGUAAACCGGAUUACGAAACAUACAUGCACAGGAUCGGCAGGACAGGCCGGUUUGGCAAGAGCGGCAUUGCCGUCAACUUCAUUGAUGGUCAGCGGUCUAUGACGAUCAUGAAGAAAAUCGAAGAACAUUUUGGCAAGAAAAUAACGCUCUUGCAGACUGAUGACGUAGAUGAACUUGAGAAACUGGGCAACUAA